UUGUUACACUACACAACUGGAUUUUGCAUUUGUCUGCAACUUGAAUCAUUUCCACACCGAAAAGGCAUAAUUAAUUACUCGUUCUGUAUCUGAAAAGGUGGUCCUCUCCGGAUAUUAAAGACAUAAUUACUUUCUUGACUGCAUGUGAUGGCUGGUAAGAGACUGGUAUCCAUACUCAACUUGGGUCACAUACAAUACAGAAGGGCUUGGGAGCUCCAGCAAAGAUUGGUUAGAUGGCAGCUUGACCUACUGAAGACUGGUGGAAAUGAAGCUCACAAAGAAACUCAAGAUUUGCUUCUUCUUUGUACACAUAGCCCUGUCUAUACAAUAGGUAUUAGAACCAAAGGCUACACGUCCGCAGACGAGCAGAGGCUCAAAGGUCUUGGUGCUGACUUCUUCCGAACCGAGAGGGGAGGACUGAUCACAUUCCACGGUCCUGGCCAACUUGUAGCUUAUCCCAUCCUGGACCUGACCCACUACCAGAAGAGUGUCCGAUGGUAUGUCAAGCAGCUCGAAGACACGGUCAUAAAGACCUGUGGAAGGUUUGGUGUCAUUGGAAAGUGUUCCCCUAACACUGGAGUAUGGGUUGGUGAUAGCAAGAUUGCUGCCAUAGGUAUUCACUGUACACGGUACAUCACAAGCCAUGGCCUUGCCCUGAACUGCAACACUGACCUACGAUGGUUUGACCACAUAGUGCCUUGUGGGAUCGAAGGUAAAGGGGUCACUUCCUUGAGUAAUGAGGUCAGACACAGAACUAUAACAGUUGAAGAUGCAGUAGAACCCUUCUUAGAGUCCUUUAGUGAACAGUUCGAUUGUCGGCUCAUCGACGGUGACAGGGGAUUGCAUAAAAUGCUGGAGUGAUAUCAAGCCAAAGCCUUUGAGGUCACAUAUGAUGCAGAGAAGCUGUUAACCCCUUGACGACUGCAACCAGAUAGUCCCUGUACAAAGCCAAUAGAAAUUAAAAGAUUCAGUAUUCAACAGGUUUAUUGAUGUUCAAGUACAUGGAGUAAUAUAAAGAAUUUGGCGUCAGCGGUUUUAACUGUUAAGAGCCUUCUAGUGAAGAGUUAGUGUCGGAUUGAUGGUGAUGGGGAAUUGCAUAAAAUGCUGGAGUGAUAUCGACCCAAGGUCUAUGAGGACACAUGAUGCAGAGAAGCCAUUCAUUUAGUGCUGUAGCAACUGACAGCAAACAUGUGACUUGACUGCACUCUUGUUAUUGGCUUCGUCCUUGAAAUAUUGUGUAAUGUGGAGUGAAGCAACAUGCCCAAAACUUGACUAACACUUCCUGACAUAUCAACUAUUCAUGAAAACGACAUUGAUAUUCCUCAAAUAAUCUCCUUUUUUUGCCAGGAUAGUGCUCUGGCUGUGUGUGCUUACGCAUGGUCACUUUCUAGCAUUGUUCACUUUACUGACUGUGUAAGCUGUAAACAUAAAACAUUCUUUUAUGACAUACAUGUAUGUUAACUAGUCCACUAGAGCAAUUAAACAGUGUUGCCAGUGUUUAGUUCAGACUCAUCAUCUUUAGUGUACCAGAUAGAUGCUAUACCAAGUGUAAUCUUGCAAUUAGUUACAGAAGUUUGAACAUGUUAUCAUGAUCUCUCAGCUGAACUAUGGCUGUGGCAAUCAGGUACAAUCUUAAGUAAAAGACCUUGGUACCUUGACUUAAUUUUUCUUCAGUUCCAAACCUGGAGCGUUGUGGCCCAGUGGAUUAGUCUCCGGACUUUGAACCAGAGGGUCGUGGGUUCGAAUCCCAGC